UGCAGCUAUCAUUACAGCAUACCUGAUGAGAACUGAACAACUAUCACAAAAAGAUGCACUUGAAUCUUUACAGCAAAGCUGUGAAUUUGUUUGUCCCAAUGAUGGUUUUCUGGAACAGUUAAACAUGUUUGAAGAAAUGAGUUUCAAGAUCGAUCACACUAGCCCUAUAUACAAACGCUUCCGUUUGAAAGUAUUAGGUGAUUCCUACAAUCGAGGAGAAAAAAUAGACAGUUCUAAAUUUGGGGCUGAUCCUGGCUUGCCGACUGAAGAAGCUUCCUCUGAGGUAGGAACAACUGAGAGUAGCAGAAUAGUUUCUACUCGUGCAUAUCGCUGCAAGAAAUGCAGGAGAGUUGUUGCAUUGCAAGAGAAUCUUCUGGACCAUGUUCCCGGGGAGGGGGAGACAUCCUUCGAGUGGCAUAAGAGAAAAAGUCGCAACCCUUUUAACAAGUCUGAUGAGAUUGAGUGCUCAUCCAUCUUUAUUGAGCCUCUACGUUGGAUGACAACAGUUGAAGAUGGUGCAUUGGAGGGCAAGCUUUUAUGUGCCCAUUGCGAUGGCCGCUUGGGUUAUUUCAACUGGUCAGGCAUCCAAUGCAGUUGUGGUAGCUGGAUCACCCCAGCCUUUCAGCUUCAUAAAAGCCGAGUCGACGUCAGCACUGUCUGAUCAUUUUCAUGGCAGAAGAGAGAUUCCUAUUACCAUGUAUCCUUGGGGGCUUGGGGGGGGUGCUAUAUGUAUCCAACAUCAACUUAAUAAUCAUAAUUGUGGUACCACUAAUAUGAAAACACAAUUUUUGAGUUGAGUAUCAAAAAGCAU